AUGUCUGUCCUGUGGUACAUGCUGAGUGUGACGGUCGUGGUGCUGGUCCCUCGGGGGGGUGCGGAGGAAUCUGUGCCUGAGGAGAAGAACCCUGCAGGCAAGGCUGCAGGAGGACCUGAUUUGGAUGAAUUAUUGAAGGCCAGACUCUCGCUACUAAAGGCAGGUGAAGUAAAUCCGAUGGAAGAAUUAAUGAAAAUGAUGGCCCAAGGAAAGGGUGCAGGAGGGAAUCCAAUGCUAGAAUUAAUGAGCAAGCUUCCACCAAUGAAGCCUGACGAAGGAAAUCCUAUGGAAGAAUUAAUGAAAAUAAUGUCUCAAGAAAAGGCUGCAGAAGGGAAUCCUGUGCUAGAAUUUAUGAGCAAGCUUCCACCAAUGAAGCCGGGUGAAGGAAAUCCCAUGGAGUUGUUAAUGAUGAAAAUGGCAGAAGAAGAAAGUUCAGAAGAAAAUCCCUUGCUAGAAAAAAUAAAAAAGCUUUCCAAAAGAAAGGCUGCUGAAGGAAGUCUUCCUGAAAAAGAAGUGAGAGAAUUGAAGAAAACAUAUUCCCGCGUCAGGGCUACGCAGGCAUUCACUUUGGAAAGAAUGAAGUCAAAGUCUGGACAGGGGAGUGCUGCACAAACACAGGCGUUGGAAAAGCAUAUCCGCAAUAUGGAACAAACUAGGGCUGCUCAAGAACGUGCUAUGGAAGAACUACUGAAGGACCUACACGUUACGGAGUCAUUGGACAAUGUUCCACAGGAUGAAGGAAGCGACGAAAUAAAUGAAGGAAAUCCUAUGGAAUCGUUAAUGGAAAUGAUGGCCCAAGGAAAGGGUGCAGGAGUGAAUCCUAUGCUAGAAUUAAUGAGCAAGCUUCCUCCAAUGAAGCCGGGUGAAGGAAAUCCUAUGGAAGAAUUAAUGAAAAUAAUGUCUCAAGAAAAGGCUGCAGAAGGGAAUCCUGUGUUAGAAUUUAUGAGCAAGCUUCCACCAAUGAAGCCGGGUGAAGGAAAUCCCAUGGAGUUGUUAAUGAUGAAAAUGGCAGAAGAAACUACAGAAGAAAAUCCCUUGCUAGAAAAAAUAAACAAGCUUUCCCUAAGAAAGGCUGCUGAAGGAGGUCUUCCUGAAAAAGAAGUGAGAGAAUUGAAGAAAACCUAUUCCCGCGUCAGGGCUACGCAGGCAUUCACUUUGGAAAGAAUGAAGUCAAAGUCUGGACAGGGGAGUGCUGCACAAACACAGGCGUUGGAAAAGCAUAUCAGCAAUAUGGAACAAACUAGGGCUGCACAAGAACGUGCUAUGGAAGAACUACUGAAGGACCUUCACGUUACGGAGUCAUUGGACAACGUUCCACAGGAUGAACGAAACGACGAAAUAAAUGAAGGAAAUCCUUUGGAAUCGUUAAUGAAAGUGAUGGCCCAAGGAAAGGGUGCAGGAGUGAAUCCUAUGCUAGAAUUAAUGAGCAAGCUUCCUCCAAUAAAGCCUAAUGAAGGAAAUCCCGUGGAAUCGUUAAUGAAAAAGAUGGCCCAAGAAAAGGGUGCAGGAGGAGAUGUAACAUCUAUGCUAGAAUUAAUGAGCAAGCUUCCUCCAAUGAAGCCGGGUGAAGGAAAUCCCAUGGAGUUAUUAAUGAUGAAAAUGGCAGAAGAGGAAAGUUCGGAAGAAAAUCCUCUGCUGAAAUUAAUAAACAAGCUUUCCCUAAGAAAGGCUGCUGAAGGAGGUCUUCCUGAAAAAGAAGUGAAAGAAUUGAAGAAAACCUAUUCCCGCGUCAGGGCUACGCAGGCAUUCACUUUAGAAAGAAUGAAGUCAAAGUCUGGACAGGGGAGUACUGCACAAACACAGGCGUUGGAAAAGCAUAUCCGCAAUAUGGAACAAACUAGGGCUGCUCAAGAACGUGCUAUGGAAGAACUACUGAAGGACCUACACGUUACGGAGUCCUUGGACAACGUUCCACAGGAUGAACGAAACGACGAAAUAAAUGAAGGAAAUCCUAUGGAAUCGUUAAUGAAAAUGAUGGCCCAAGGAAAGGGUGCAGGAGGGAAUCCUAUGCUAGAAUUAAUGAGCAAGCUUCCUCCAAUGAAGCCGGGUGAAGGAAAUCCCAUGGAAUUUUUAAUGAUGAAAAUGGGAGAAGAGGAAAGUUCGGAAGAAAAUCCUUUGCUGAAAUUAAUAAACAAGCUUUCCCUAAGAAAGGCUGCUGAAGGAGGUCUUCCUGAAAAAGAAGUGAAAGAAUUGAAGAAAACCUAUUCCCGCGUCAGGGCUACGCAGGCAUUCACUUUGGAAAGAAUGAAGUCAAAGUCUGGACAGGGGAGUGCUGCACAAACACAGGCGUUGGAAAAGCAUAUCCGCAAUAUGGAACAAACUAGGGCUGCUCAAGAACGUGCUAUGGAAGAACUACUGAAGGACCUACACGUUACGGAGUCAUUGGACAACGUUCCACAGGAUGAACGAAACGACGAAAUAAAUGAAGGAAAUCCUAUGGAAUCGUUAAUGAAAAUGAUGGCCCAAGGAAAGGGUGCAGGAGGGAAUCCUAUGCUAGAAUUAAUGAGCAAGCUUCCUCCAAUGAAGCCGGGUGAAGGAAAUCCUAUGGAAGAAUUAAUGAAAAUAAUGUCUCAAGAAAAGGCUGCAGAAGGGAAUCCUGUGUUAGAAUUUAUGAGCAAGCUUCCACCAAUGAAGCCGGGUGAAGGAAAUCCCAUGGAGUUGUUAAUGAUGAAAAUGGCAGAAGAAGAAACUACAGAAGAAAAUCCCUUGCUAGAAAAAAUAAACAAGCUUUCCCUAAGAAAGGCUGCUGAAGGAGGUCUUCCUGAAAAAGAAGUGAAAGAAUUGAAGAAAACCUAUUCCCGCGUCAGGGCUACGCAGGCAUUCACUUUGGAAAGAAUGAAGUCAAAGUCUGGACAGGGGAGUGCUGCACAAACACAGGCGUUGGAAAAGCAUAUCCGCAAUAUGGAACAAACUAGGGCUGCACAAGAACGUGCUAUGGAAGAACUACUGAAGGACCUUCCCGUUACGGAGUCAUUGGACAAUGUUUCACAGGAUGAAGGAAGCGACGAAAUAAAUGAAAAACUGGCAGAGUUGCCGUACCAAAACUACGAUUUCAGUACAAAUUAUAUGAACUUGGUGGUGGCGGCGAAAGGAUGGAAGGAUCACAGUCUUCGGGAGGUUGUUGUGCCUCUGGUCUAUAAAGCUUCUGUACUUUCCUGUUUCUUAGAGACUAAGAAUCGUUCAGUAGUACUUGAAACCAUUUUGGGUACCCCGAUUGGCUCCAUCGAGGACAAUAAGGGAUUCUUUGACCCAUGUGACAAGACCAACUUAAAGCAUGCUGGCCUUGCCACUUGCUCGGUUACGAAGGGUCUGCUGCAUGGCGUGGGGGUGGCAGCCGCAACGGCAGGACACUUGUCGGAGGCAUAUGUAAGGACUGUUUUGCUUGCUGAUAGAGAAGUGUUCAAGAACUUCAAUAACGAAUUGUUCAGCGUGAUCACAGAGUCCUUGAGUACGAAUUUAGUGAUGCUAAAACAUGUAUUUAAAAUGGCUGUGAAUUUCAAGGAUGCUGUCUUGGCUCGGUAUUUCGAAGGACCAUUCCCAGUUUCAGGCACAGAGACGGAGUUUGUUAAGGCCAGUGAUCAACUGUACGCUGCAAUUGCCGACAUGGUCUUGAUAUCAAAAAUAACUGCCGAGCAUAUGAAGACUGCAUUGAAUAUCGAGAAAAGGACAGAAUUUCAAAAGGUGGCUCGUGAGUUCCAGGAUAGCUACAGAUAUGUUGUUAAGCGAGGAAUUCCUGAGGAAUACAAUAAUUCUCCCUUCCCGUCUCUAAGUUACUACUGGGACAUGGCAGCCCUCCAUUACGCAGUGUCUCUUCUCUCGGAUAUCGAAGGUCUGGCCGAACGCACGUUACAGGAACACGAGGACGGCACCGAGGGCCUGAUUAUUGAUAUGAAAAGUCUCUCUAAAGCAGUUACAUUGGUCCACGACAUUUUGACUAUAACUAGUAAUAAAGUAAAGCAUGACGAAUUGCAAGUAGCCCUGGGGCUUGCUACCGGCAGAAUUAGGUUGGUAGUGUCUCAUCUCGAGGAAGCAGGCGUGGAGCUAAUGAAGGACGAGGGAUCGGAGACACUGUCGGAGCUUUUCGAGUCUUUACUGGACUCUAUAAUCCCCACUCGCUCGGUCCUCCCCCACUGGUUCACGCCCUACGUCCCGGCAAGGAAGCCUUCCCUCCGGAUGUUUGCCGCUCUUAUUCCCACAAAUUAUAACCAAGCGAUGAAGAUGGCUCACAAACUAGCUGCCGUGAUCGCUGGGGACCCCGGAAAACUUGGUUUGCCGCUUGAGAGAAUUGCUGCGCUCUUCACUGGAAGGAGGGAAUCUAUGAAGCAACGUGAUUUGAGCGACCUAACGGCUUUGCCCAGGAUGCUGCGUGCUUUGAGGGACAAGACGGCGAUGUCUGUAUUCGGCGGUGUUAUGAUGAAUUCAGAGCAUGAAUUUGAAGAAGGCGACGUUGACCGAUGCCUAAAGAACCAAAAAUGCAAGCAAACCCUCCUCACAGCAUUGGUUCACACGUCAAUGAUAAUAAAUGAUCGUGAAGUACACAGAGAGUUCCAGAAGACUCUUUCUAACCCUUUUAAAGAUCUGAGUUUCGACGAGUCCAUGGCGGCCGCCGGCCUUCCGUUCAAAGCUGCAAGAUAUUAAGCUAAAAUGAGAAAGACAGACUGAACUGUGACCUGGAUUUUCCUUGGAUCAAGAGUACCUAGAGUAGGCAGACUAUUUUUUAACCUAAUAAAUAUAUAUAUAUUG